GCAAUUUUCCUCCAAAAUGGCACCCUAAUCGGUAGUUGUCGCACGCUGCCAGUAAUUCGCCCCGAAAAAGACUCUCCUGCGGUUCGUUCCACCAGUGCAAAAGUGAAAAUUCACUAGCACUUCCAUCGCUGAACAGAAAGAAUAUCAGGAACAUCAACAUGGUUAAGGCAUAGAUGAAGUAGACAAUACAACUCAAAUCACUAAAAGUCUUCCAUAAGAUAAAAACUAGUGUGUAGUGAUAUAUCGACAUAUCGAUCAAGUGAACAUCGGAAAUAUAUUUAUUAAAAUUUAAGUAAUAAUCGCUAACAAAGUGAAAACAAAUUGCGCGACAAAGAUGUCUUUCCUAAACACUUUACGUGCUACGCCUCUGCCACCUGUGAAGAAUGUCCUGAACGUGGCCCUGCAGACCGCACGCCAGACGAUUCCGUCGAAGAACAAGCAAAACGAUUAUGAACAGACGGGAGGUGAAAACGUUGCGUCGAGUGCUGGCAUGCGGUCUCCGCCCCAAGUGCCGCCACGGCCACAAAAUGUCCAUUUUGCUGAAUCCGAUGGAGACACUGGUGGAACAGCCGAAAUGAAUCCGUUGAAUCCGUUCACAAACCCGAAAGCAUAUUAUCAAGAGGGAGCGGAACAAUCAGCGCCGGGAACAUAUCAGGAGACGGGUUUUAAUCAACCGAGUGAUUUCGAGAAUGGCUAUCAAGCGGGUGGUUAUCCACCAAGACAAGGCAGCGUUCAGUCGUUCGGCUCCGACAGUACUUUCGCAGGAGGUUGUGAAGGUGAGGUAGCAGGAGGUGUGAAAAUCAAUGAAUAUCAGGCUGCUUGGAAUGUAACUAACGCCAUCCAGGGCAUGUUCAUCGUAUCGCUUCCGUUUGCCGUACUUCGUGGUGGGUACUGGGCCAUCAUCGCUAUGGUAGGCAUCGCGCACAUAUGCUGUUACACGGGCAAGAUUCUGGUACAGUGUCUGUAUGAACCGGAUCCGCAGACUGGAGAACCAACGCGAGUACGUGACAGUUAUGUAGCUAUUGCGAAGGUUUGUUUCGGUAAGAAGAUCGGCGCUCGGGUUGUAAGUAUAGCGCAGCUCAUCGAGCUGCUGAUGACCUGUAUUCUGUACGUGGUGGUCUGCGGUGACUUGAUGGCGGGUUCGUUUCCCGAUGGAGCGCUAGACACCCGAUCGUGGAUGAUGCUAUGCGGUAUUUUUCUUCUACCAUUGGCAUUUCUAAAAUCGCUUCAUCAUGUCUCGUUGCUGUCGUUUUGGUGCACAAUGGCGCAUCUGUUGAUCAAUGCAAUCAUUGUUGGUUAUUGUCUGCUAGAGAUCGGCGACUGGGGCUGGAGUAAGGUCAAGUGGCGAAUGGAUUUUGAAAACUUUCCAAUCUCGCUUGGUGUUAUUGUCUUCUCCUACACGUCGCAGAUCUUCCUACCGACACUGGAAGGGAACAUGGAAGAUCGAUCUAAAUUCAACUGGAUGCUUGAUUGGUCCCACAUCGCAGCUGCAGCUUUCAAAGCACUGUUUGGCUACAUUUGCUUCCUAACGUUCCAAAACGACACUCAACAGGUUAUUACGAACAAUCUACACUCACCGUCCUUCAAAGGAUUGGUUAACUUUUGUCUUGUAAUCAAAGCGAUUCUGAGCUACCCACUGCCAUUUUUCGCCGCGUGUGAACUGUUGGAGCGUGCGUUGUUCCGGGGUAAACCAAAGACAUUUUUCCCAGUUAUUUGGGAGCUUGAUGGAGAACUGAAAGUCUGGGGUCUCGCAUGGCGUUUGGCUGUCAUUUUAGGAACGAUUAUGAUGGCGAUCUUCAUACCCCACUUCUCAAUUCUGAUGGGUUUCAUCGGAAGUUUCACCGGUACCAUGUUGAGUUUCAUCUGGCCGUGCUAUUUCCAUCUAAAACUAAAGGGUCAUCUGCUCGAUCAGAAGCAGCGGGCGUACAAUUAUUUUAUUAUCUUUCUUGGUGUUUUGUUCUGUGUUGUGGGAAUAUAUGAUUCCGGCACGGCUUUGAUCAAAGCGUUCGAAAUUGGUCUUCCAUUCUAAUCAUCUGAUAAGUUGCCAUUGUAAAAUAAAAUAUAAUUGUUGAAUAUUUUCUUUUUUUCUGGUUGAAAUGCUUCCUUUGAACGGCGUCAAUUCUGUCGCUGUGUUCAAUGUUAAUGAAAACUAAACCUACCGCAGACAAGUUAAGAAUUAGAAUCUCUAGAGAAUACGCAAUAAUCCAACUGUCUUCCAGUGAUUGUAGGAAAGAACGUUCUUGCAGUCAAAAUAAGCUUAGCUAGUAUUUGAGAGUUCCGGAUGAAAUGACAUAGAAUGAGAGACGUUACAAAUGCAAUAAACCAAGAGUCGUUAUUAUAGGAACGGGAAUGAAAAAAAACUCUUGCAUAACAACAAAAAACGUGGAAUCAAUUAACCGUAUAUUGACAAUAAAAUUAAUAUUUAAAGUAUUAUGAUAUAUUUAUCAACCCUAUAGUAAAUAAUUGAAGAAGAAAUGCAAAUAAGCAACGGAAAUUAAUUAGGAUAAGCGAAGUGUUAAGAAUUGUCGAUCACUAGCAAUGAUGUUUUCGAUAUUUUAAUCUUUACAUAUAUAUCAAUUUUACUGAGUCGGGAAAUCAUGUCUUCCAAAAAAUGCUUGAAUUUUAUACAUCAAAAUAAUCCAACGUCUUCCAGAAAGUUGCGAUUUUAUUAUAUUUUUUUUUUCUUCUAAUAAUCAGUUGUGUGUCGUGCAUACUGUUUCGUUCAUAUAAAGUUUUCUUUUGUGAUAUUAUAUAAUUCAAUCAAAUGUAGUUUUGGUUUGUAGUUUAUCAUGAAGUGUUAUACCAAAUAUAAACUUAUUAUAUUACUGUAUUCAAAAGGUAAAGUAUAGGUGUC